UUUUUUUUCUUUUUCAUUUCAUUGCAGGCAAAGGAGAUUCGGCGGCUUGCUGAUAAUAUGGUACAGCUCGGGAAAGAGGGUUCACUUUCUGCUGCAAGGCGUGCUGCUGCUUUUGUGCGAGGGGAUGCUGUCAUUCACAAGCUAUUUACAGAACUGGCAUAUCGAUACAAAGAUAGAGCAGGUGGAUAUACUAGACUGCUUCGAACUCGCAUACGAGUUGGUGAUGCUGCACCAAUGGCCUAUAUUGAGUUCAUUGACAGAGAAAAUGAGCUUAGACAGUCAAAACCACCAACUCCUCAGCCACCGCAGAGAGCUCCCCUGGAUCCUUGGACAAAAUCCCGGCUGAGCAGGCAGUUUGCACCCCCUAAAGAGGAGAAAAACUCUGAACCUGAGAUAUAAAACAUGAGCUGUUAUUCUCACAUAGUGUUUUCAUCAUCUCUUUAGAUGCUGAAUCUGUAAUUUAUCCUGAUGCAGCGCACUUAAGCAUUCUUGGCAAAGUUUAUAUCGGUACUGCAUCUCAUUCUCUCCAGCGACUGCUACUGGGAAAUUCCAGGAAGCAUGAAUCAAAGUGUUCCUUCUGUUUUUUAAUAAUCUGAAAAGACUUUAAAUGUUGUACAAAUCGGGGGCAUUUUUGCUUUUAGUAGCUAAAUUUAUCCUAUUA